AUGCGGCUGUGUCUGAUUGACAACAACCAGACGGUUUGUGAGGUCUGGCGGCGGUGGCUGGACGGCGUCGGGGACGUGAAAGUGUGGCGGGGCGGGCUGGAGGCGGUGGCGGCGUGGGAUUGCGGCGUGACACGCGGCGUGGUGUCGCCAGGGAAUUCGCUGGGGUACCUGCGAGGUGGGUUUGACCUGGGGCUGCGCGAGCUGCUCGGCGGCGCGAUGUUCGAGGACUGGGUGCGGGGGCAGCUGGGGCGUUCGUACAGGCCCCUGGGGGCGUGCGCGGUGCUGCACGUGCCCGAGCGGUUCUCUGCGGGCGGCGUGCGGUACCUACUGCACGUGCCGACGAUGGUUGCACCGACGGCGCCGGUGUUCGACGCUGCGAGGCCGGUGGCGACAGGCGUGCAGCCGGUGUUCGACGCGGUGUGGGGUGUUUUGCAGGCGCUGCCCGCGGAGGUGGAGGAACUGCUGCUACCCGGGAUCGGGACCGGGUACGCGGGGAUCCCGGCCUCCAUUGCUGCGGUCUCGAUGGCGUUUGCCAUCCGGCUCCAUCUUGUACGGGAGCAGCUUUCCGCAGAGCUGGUGGCCGUAAUGAUCAUGUGUUUCCUGGGCUGCCAGUACGAGCCCUUCAUGCCCGAGCACUGCAGGCGCGAGUACGUGUCGCUGGGCCUGCCGUGGGAGCGGCUCCUGAGUUUCGAUGUCCUGCAAGAUUCGCUGGACGAGAUACUGCCUCGCGCGCUCCGGCGUCCAGCCGUUGGGAAUACAUAG